UUUAAGGACUUUUAUCGUAUUAAGCUAAUACUAAACUAUAUAUAUUGUAACCCUAAUAAGCUUAAGACUAUAGAUAAUAUAGUCUUUAAGAUAUACUAUAAGGCUUAUAUUUACUGCCUUAAGGUUCACCAACAUCCUAAUAACUACUAUAGCGCUAUUAUCGUGCCUAAGCCGGAGGAGGAAUUUAAG